UCUAAAAUUACAACCGUAAACGUUGAAGAAUUGUGUUUUUGACAUUUUUCAAAAUUAUUCAAGGUUAAUUAUUAAAUAUUGCUCAAAUAAAAAGUGUUCAAUAUUUUUAUAAUGAAGCCUGCACCGAAUCCUAAAGAUGUUCAGGAAUUUCAGUUCAAACAAGACCAAUUAAUUCAAGCUUAUGAGAAUUUUAAAAAUAUACCAAUUUCUUGUAAUCUAAUUUUGGCGGAUUCAAAAAGAGGAUUAAUAUAUACUGCUUAUGAAAAUAAAUUAACGGUAUUUAAAUCUAAUCUUUCUAAUGAUUGGAGACUCGACCAUAAUCUUCCAUCAGUUAUAUCUCGACUAUCUAUAAGCUGUGAUUGUUCUUAUGUAGGAAUAACAUUUAAUUCACCAACGGCUCAUAUUUAUAAAGCUAGUUCAAUAUCAAAAAAUCAAUUAGAACUUAUUAAUACAGUUGUUAUUUCAAAUGUAAGUCAAAACGUUUUUGCUUAUGAUCUACGAUGGAAUCCUGCGAUUCCAGAAAUGUUUUGUACUGUUGUUAGUGAUCAUUCAAUUGGUACUUUUCAAAUUAAACCAGAUCAAAAAACAACAAUAAAUGUCAUAGCAUUAGAAAAUAUUCAAGGAUUAGAAGCUGAAUGUGUUGCUUGGAGUCCUAAAGGCAAACAAUUAGUUAUUGGAUGCAAAAAUGGAAACAUUAUUCAAUUAAAACCUGAAUUAAAAAUUGCAAGAACAAUUACUGGGCCUUCUCCGCCUAUUGGUGGAGUUACAUCUAUAUUAUGGAUUAGUAAUUACCAAUUUUGUGCUGCAUACUUGGAUGUUAAUGAACGUCGAAUCAAUGUUUUAAUUAUCGACGCACCUAAAGGCGAUACUAAAACAAUUUUUACAUGUUACGAAGAUAUUACUUAUGGAAUGCCAGAUGUUGAUGCAGAAUAUUUACCUCGAUAUUACUUUGAUCACGUGCCAGAAUGGAAUUUAAUUAUAGCUGCUAGUAGUAGUAGUGGUGAAAUCGCAGUUCUUGGAUCUCUUGAUAACGGAGCUCAUUGGGAACAAUGGCAAUUAAAUGACAAUGGAAGAGCCCAGCUCCCAUUAGUGCAAACUUCUGAGUCUUAUCCAGUUGGUAUGGCUAUUGAUAAGUCAUCAACAAUCAUAUUACCUUGGGGGCCAGAAAGUACAUUACCACAUCCAGUUCCUAUCCUUUAUAUCUAUGGUACUUCAGGACAAAUUAUAAGUUUCCAUAUGGUCAAUUUAUUUCCUAAUUGUCCGUCACUUUGCUCACCUCCAAGUGAACAAUUUGUUCUACCUCAACGAACGAGUAUGUUACCUUCAGAAAUUUCUUUCAUUCUUAAUACAGGAGUGACAAGUACUCCUCGUCCAAAACAAAUAGAAUCAUCUAUUGAAAGGCCAAAAGCUGUAAUUCCAACUCCAAAUUCAUUUACUGAACCUCAAAAACCUACUACUACUCCUCAAUCAGUGUUAACAUUACAAGUUUCUGUCCAACCUCAAGUUGAAUUGAAGAUUCCUAGAUCCCGGUCAGAACAAUCUGUCGAAAUUCAUUCAUCAAAACCUGGAAUUGGAAUCUCACCCGUGAAAGAAUUACAAACAGAUCCAGCUGCUGCAAUUGUAGAUAAAAUCAAUUAUGAUAGCAUCUUUUGGCGAAAUUUUUGUGAAGAAAUAACUCAUUUUGAAAAGGAAUUACAGAGUAAACUAGAGCCACAAACUUGGGAUAUAGGAGCAGAAGAAGAAAAACAAAAAUUGAUAACUCAAUGUGCUCAAAUGAAUGAAUUUGGACAUGAUUUGAUGGAAACAACUAAUAGUUUAGCAAGUGAUGUGUCUUAUUUAAAAGCUUUAUAUUUACAAACUUUUGCUUGGGUUGAAGAAAUUAAAUCUAGGAAUUCAGCGAAUGUUUGUGACGUUCCAAAAAAUUGUCACGAUCGAAGUAAAAUUGAAGAAUUGCAGAAAAAAUUUUCUCACGUUCAAUCUCAAUUACUUCAAGCUAUAAAAGCUCUAGACAUUCAUUGGGUAGAGCAAGAAUCUCAAGACAGAGCAAGAAUGAAAAUUCCAAGUUUAGAGUUCAUUUAUCAAAAUCUUAAAAAACAUGCUGAAAUUAUUGCGAAAGAAAAAGAAGCUCUUGACAACUUAUCGAAAAAAUGGAAAACUUUAUCUCGAGGAAAUAAAAUAUCUAGUUUAAAUCGAUCUAUUGCCAAGUUGAAUAUAAGUUCUAAUAUUCCAGGAUCUUCUGGAAUUAAUGGUGAUGGUGGUGUAAUUGAAAUGCGUUGUAGAGCUAUUGCUAAUAAUACUAAAAAUUUUACUCGAGAAAAACAAAUGAGAUUAAGAGAUCUUUUACUAAAAACUGAGCCGAAAAUUAUUAAAGCAAUAAAUCCUUCUCCAGUGCAAGAUAAACUAAAAGCUACUCUUACCUCUUUAACAUCACAAAAUAAAACUACAAUUACGCCAAAAGUGAAAGAAAAAAUUGUAACUAAUAAACUUAGUGGUGAAUUACCAAAAGUCAAUGUUCCAUCAACAAAAAGUGCAACUUUUGUAUCUAAUAUUAUUCCCGUCAGUGUUGGAACUACUACAAUUGUUACUACUGGAAUAACUACUACUACCAUUACUACUUCACCUGCUACAUCUAUAAUAAAAACUACUACUACAUCUCAAAAUCCUUUAGCAUCUUUAAACAGUAUUGUAGCAAAAUUAGGAAAUGAACCUCUAACAGUAACCCAACAAAAAACACAACCAUUAACUUUUUCAACAAGCGCCUUUUCUCUUAAUUUUGGAAAUCAAACAUCUGUUAAACUUAACGAAAAAUCAGUCAUAACAACAUCUCCACAUACAAUAAAAUCUCUUUUAAUACAACCAACCGCUGCAUCUACACAAAUUCCAUCAAUUACACCAAUUAAUCUUAAACCUUUCUUUUCUGGGUCUUUGGAGCAAAAACAAGAAAGUAUUGUGCCUGUCAUAUGCAAAGAAAAUACUCCAAAAGUUCCAUUUACGUUCAAAUCAACAGAACAAUGUACUUCAGCACAAUCUGUUUCAUUAUUUCAAACGAAUUCUCUUGAAAAUGGUUUGUUGAAUGGAGCUACAACUGUUAAAGUUGAACAAGCUCGAGGAACUCAAACAAAUGCGCCUCAAAAUUCUGGAACCAGUUUCAAUUUGUCACUUAAUGAUUCUCAUUCAACUGUAGCUAGUACACAGCAAAAUGUUUCUAAUCUUAACAAGAAUUUAUCAUUUAAUCAGAACAUUGGAAAAUCUCCGACCACUACCGCUACUGCUGCUGUUCCUGUUGUUAAUAAUCAAACUUUUUUCCUUUCCGUAAAACCUGGAGAUACUACAAUUUCAAAUUUAGCUAAAACGGAAUCAUUGCCACUUCAAACAAUUACUACUAUUAAUACCACUGUGACUACUCCUGUUGUUGCUGCUACUGGUUCUACAACUAAACUUCCUGCUUCAGAUUUUUCUAAAAUGAUGAUGGGUUUGUCUACCCAAAGUUUAACUAACAAAUCCCAGUUAGGUUCUGCUGCACCUAUUUUAAUUACGCCGACAUUGACAUCAUCAACAGCAACUACUAUAAACUUUGGAAAAGUAAUGUCUGUUACACCAAUUGCAUCGCCUCCAGGAGAAGCUAAUACUUUUAUCAAUCUACCGAGUGGAACUACUAUAGAAAAACUAUUAUCACCUGCAAACACCACCACACCAGUUUCAUCACCAUCAAAAAUGUUCGGAAUGGGAACAGGUAGCAAUAUUUUUGGUGGUAAUACUACGAAUUUAUCAACAUCAGCAUCAAUAUUUACUAAUACUAACCCUCUAACUUCUACCAAUGUUUCUGAUAAAUCUGUCGUAACAACAUCAGCACCAGCAUUAUUUGGUAACGCUUCAAAUGGAUUUUCACAGCCAUCUAAUACAUCAAUUAUGCAAUCAAAUGUUAUUUGUCAAUCAAUCAAUUUUGGAAAACCUCCUUCAACAUGUGCCACACCUUCGAAUAUUUUUGGUAAACCAGCAGUGUCAGGAACUUCAACAACUUCUUCAAUGCCAGCUCUUAUGUCUUCAUCACCAUUUGGACAAUCGACAAAAUCACCCAUGAAUGCUGCAAGUCCUGUUAAGCCUUUUCUCGCAAAUCCUGAAACUACUCCGAAUGCUUCGCCUUUCAGUGCUAUUCAAACUUGUCCAACACAAAAUAUUUUUGGUGGAAGCACCACAAGUCCUAAAGUAACUUCUAUUUUUGGUGGAAUACCGACUUCUCCACCAAGUUUUGGUUCAUCUUCCAUGGGAUCUAUGUUCGGUGGAUCCCCCAAACCUACAGGAAUCAUAUUUGGAGGAGCUCCGAGUUUUGGAACACCACCAAUGGCUAACACUGCUGCGUUUGGAACACCAUCAACUUUCGGCUCUAAACCAGUGUUUGGCUCUCAACCAGUAUUUGGAGGAUCUAAACCAGAAUUUGGUACAACAUUUGGUUCUAGUUUUGGAACUAUGGGUUUCGGAACAUCGAGUCCUCCUCUUAGUAAUACUCCAACUGAUAAAGUAUUUGGUAAUGUAACUGGCAGUAAUACUUUCGAGUCAUUAGCAAGACAAGAUACUGGUCUGACAUUUGGAAGUUUAGCACAAAAAAGUCCAACUGCUGAAAAACCUUCUUUCUCUGGUGGACAUUCAUUUACAGCCUGGCGAUCAUGAUCAACAGAUUAAUUAUUUUAGUUUUUUUAGUCAUAUCUAGUAUAGUGAUAUUAUUUUUUAAAAAUAUAAUGAUUAAGGUUCCGGAUUAUGUUAAUAUUGACAAAUAUUUCAUUAAAUAUAUAUUUUUUUCAUAAAAAAAUUAAAACUUCUAUAUUUAUUUAUGUCAUUUUUUAAUCUUAA